GCCAAAGCUGUGUCCUAAAAUAGCACCCCUCUUUCCCCAGCCCAAGCCCUGUCAUUGUAAGUUUGUGAGUGUGCUUUCAUUUGCACUGAACCUUUCAGGAUGAAAGUUGGAAUAGUGGCUUUGGUAGCUGGUCUCAUCGGUGGAGUUGGGAUCCUACUGUUUUUUACUGCAUUUGGGACAGAUUACUGGCUCCUGGCAACAGAAAACUGUGGGGUCAUCGAUGAAAGCAUUUCUCCAGCAGAGGUAAUGAUCAAGGAAUGCUACGGGGAAGGGGGAUAUUUAUUCACUAAACUUGGAAUAACAGGAAUGGAACAUUUUAGACCAAAAUAGUGAAAAUUUGGAGAAUAAUUUAAGUGUGGGUAGAUUGGCCUGAAAUCUCCAAUUCCCUUGCCAGUUUUCCACAAGUUUCGUGUUUAAACUUAUCUGUUUGUGUAAGUGUGUCCAGACCUACAAAUAAUUAAACACAAUAUUUUAAAGAGGUAACAUAACUCCAUAGCAGUCUUUCUACAUUAGUGUUUUGGAGCUGUUUUUAUUUACCUGGUCACAUUAUGAAAUAUAUUUGUAUGUCUGCCCUCUUCGGGUCAUGAGAAUGAGGUGGAAAAUUAGCUGAGUUAGAUAAUGUCUCCAAACUGGGGAUUUUAGAGAAUUUCAGCUAUGCUAUUUUGGCCUACAAAUAUUCAAUCCCCAAGUUAAUUCCAUACAAAAUCAAGUUUAGUUCAUUGAUUAAAGACUAGUUGUAAAAUUUUAAAUAAUUAUAACAUGUAUUAAUUAUAACAUGUUUUAAAGACCAACCGGGUAGGACUAGUUAGAGCCAUGAAGGUUUUUUAAUAUACACUUUUAAUAUACACUACUCAGACACAACAUUAAAUAUAUAAAUAUAAAUAUAUAUAUAUAUAUAUAUAUAUAUGUAUAUAUAUAUUGUGUAGGUCCUACCCAUGCUGCCAAUAUAAGCUCUAAAUGCGUUGAGGCUUGGACUCCACAAGAUAUCUGUCCAUGUCUUGUGGUAUCUGGCAUCACAAGACAUUAGCAUCAGAUUUUUAAAGUCCUGUAAGAUGCAAGAUAGGGCCUCCAUGGAUCAGAUAUUUUGUUCCAGCACAUCCCACAAAUCAAAUGGAUUGAAAUCUGGGGAAUUUUGAGGCCAGGCAACACUUUGAACUCUUCGUCAUGUUUCUCAAACCAUUCCUGAGCAGUUUUUGCAGUGUGACAAGGCGCAUAAUCCUGCUGAAAGAGGCCACUGCCAUCCAGGGCCAUCUUUAACGUGGGGCAAAUGGGGCAGCUGCCCUGGGCUCAGUUGCACUGAGCUCAGGGGGGCCCAGUGCAGCUUCCCCAUGGAACCACUGCCCAUAUCCAGUAAAAAAAAAAUUCCCUCCAUUGGCCCAAGGUGCUGUUAUUGCAGCUGCACCAGGGCCCACACACUAAGGGUGCCCACCGGGUGGCCCAUACCCGUGAGCAUGUCUCAGCAGGGGCCCUGUCAGGUGCUGUGGCCCCUUAAACAGCAGCAGCAUGCAAGGAAGUGAUGGCCAUGAGUCACUUCCUCCCACAGAGACGAUGAGUGUCGAGGGGGGACUCAGCAAGGAGAGCCAGACCCCAACUCCCAAGCACCCCAACCAGCACACUGGACCCCAGGAAAGGUACCUGCAAAGACAGGAAACUGGAUUUAAGAGUGUAAAGUUUUGUGCGUAUGUAUCUGUGUGUCUGUAUGUAAGUGUGUGUAUCUGUAGUGUCAGUGUAUCUGUAUGUGUGUCAGUGUGUUUAUCUGUGUUGUCAGUGUAUCUGCAUGUGUGUCAGGUUGUGUAUGUGUGUCAGUGUGUAUAUCUGUGUAUCUGCAUGUGUUUCAGUGUGUGUAUGCAUGUGUAUCACAGUGUGUGUUUGUGUGUUUGGCAGUACAUGUGUAUAUGUGCAUAAAUCUCAACAUUCAAAUGACAACACUACACACAAAUUAAUUCCAGAAUUCAAACUUCAACAGUAAAUACAAACACACCUCUUUGUUAAACAGCAACAUUAUAUAUAAGCACACCCCUGCAUUCAAAAACCAACACCAAGCAUAAAUGCAUGCUUGCAUUCAAAUGCCAUCUCCUCAUACAAACACACCCUUACACUCACACAGACAUACUCCAUACACAAACAUGCUUACAUUUAAACACACAAACACUACUCAGUGCUAAAUACAACCCUGCAUGCAUGGGAAAAUGGUAGAGCCCCAGCUGUCAAAGCAUUGUUAGAGUUGCAUGACAGAGGGUGAUCUACCUUUUGGCCACCCUUGCAAUGGGUAGGGUGCUUGAUUGCAUCCCAGGGAGUGGGGGGAACAGGGUCCAUGGGGCCCACGCAAAUGCUUGCCCAGGGUCCAAUCAAUAUUAAAGACGGCCCUGCUGCCAUCAGGGAACACCACUACCAUGAACGGAUGUACAUGGUCUGCAGCGUUCUGUAGGUAGGUGGUUUGUGUCAAAGUAACAUCCACAUGAAUGCCAGGACCAUAGGUGAGAAAAGAGAGAAAGCGUGGAAGCUCAGAGAGCACUCAAAAAUGGGGUUAACCCAUGGUAAACUACCUAGGUAGUGAGCAAAAAAAGGGAAAAGACUUAGAGUGCUCUAAAUGUAAUAAAUUUAAAAAUUAACUUUUAUUCAUAUAGAUGUAAAAAGAAAGGGAAGGGGGAGAAAACAAGGUACUAAAUAUAUGGGUGUAUAUCUAAAGUCUAAAAGUCGAAAAUACAUACACCAAUAUAAAUUGCUAAAUGUUUAAAAGACAAUACAAUCACAAUAAUGUUUACAAACAUAAUGCACAAAAUCUGAGUGAACAAUGUGGUGACAUCUCCAGUCUCAAAAUUAUUCAACUCCCUGGAUAGAAUCUCUCACAACAUCAGAAAUAUGCAAAACAGGUUUCAAGCACACCUGAUGCAACUAAUAUCAUGUAGGUCACACUUGUGCUGAGAGAAAUAGCUCUGAUGUAUCUAGGCAUGGACCCCACAAGACCUCUGAACAAGUCCUGUAGUAUGUUGCACCAAGACAUUAGCAGCAGAAUCAUUUAAGUCCUGCAAGUUGUGAGGUGGGGCCUCCAUGGGUCAGAUUUGUUGUUCCAUCACAUCCCAGAAAUCCUCAGUUGGAUUGAGAUCUGGGGAAUGUGGAGGCCAAGACAACACCUUGAACUUUUCAACAUGUUCCUCAAACCAUUGUUUACAUAACAAUAUUUGCAGUGUGGAAGAGUGCAUUGUCCUGCUGAAAGAGGCCACUGCCUCAGGGACAUCAAUUGCCAUGAAGUGGGGUGUAUGUGGUCUGCCACAAUCUCUAGGUAGGUGGUACUGGUCGAAGUGACAUCCACUUGAUUGCCAGGACCAUAGGUUUUCCAGCAGAAAAUUGCCCAGAGCAUAAUACUGCCUAAGCGGGCCUACCUUCGUUGCAUAGUGUUUCCUGCUGCCAUCUCUUCCCUAGGUAAAUGAUGAACACGCACUCAGCCAUCCACUUGAUCUAAAAAAAACAUGAUUCAUCAGAUCAGGAAACCUUCUUCUAUUGCUCCAUGGUCCAGUUCUGACACUCACAUCCCAAUUGAAGGCACUUUUGGUGGUGGACAGGGGUCAUCAAGGACACUCUGACCAGUCUGUUGGUACACAGCCCCAUAAGCAGCAAACUAGUAUGCGCUGUGUGUUCUGACAUCUUUCUAUCAUGAUCAGCAUUGCGUUUUUCAGAAAUUUAAGCUACUGUAGCUCUUCUGUUUAAUCAGAACAGACGUUAGCCGUGGGCGCCCAUGACAUGGAAGCCAGUUCACUGGUUGUCCUUCCUUACACCACUUUUGGCAGAUACGAACCACUGCAUAUCGGGAACACCCCACAAGACUUGCUGUUUUGAAGAUGCUCUGACCCAAUUGUCUAGCCAUCACUGUUUGGCCCUUGUCAAAGUCACUCAGAUAUUUCCACUUACCCAUGUUUCCUGCUUUCAACACAUGAUAUUCAAGAACUAACUGUUCACUUGCUGCCUAAUUUACCUCCCCUCCCUCCCACCUUGGGCUGGUGCCAUUGUAACAAUAUAAUCAAUGUUAUUCUCUUCAACUGUCAAUGGCUUUAAUGUUGUGGCUGAUCAGUGUACGUACAUUGUACAAACAGGUUAAUCAAACAGUGUUGAAGCUGCAACAGGGCCCUGAAGUCCCUAAGUAAAAACUGGUUCUAACCAAAGGGGUCAUUGAUGUAGGCCAAUAUUGCAUUGUAUAUGUAACACUUUUUGCACCAAGUGUAAAAUGUAGCCUGUUGACUCCUAACAAUCACUAUGCCUAUCACUAGUUUGUUGUCAAUAUUCUAUUGAAGGAAGUUAAUUUUCAUCACCAACAGUGCAGGUUUAUAUUGUCUUUUAUUGUCACUAUUGAUACAUUUUUUAUUAUUAUUUUAUCUAAUUGGAUUAGAUUUCAUAACCAGGUAAGACUGUUACAUUCAUUGUAAUGGGAUUUCUACCCACUUUUUUGGUAUACAGUGCAGAAGAGAUACGUCUUAGCUCUGGUUCUAGCUCCCUUGCAACAUUUAUCAGACCCUCUUGGGUCUUAGUGUCUGAUUUAGGUUCAAAUGAUAGCCUUGAAUGCUCAGACAUAUAGUGCAAUAUAUGUCAAUAUACUGAGUUAGAAGCUGGUUAUAUGUAUUUGAGGAUUGAGUGUAAUGACGAUCAUAGAUAAACUACUCUGAAUUUUAGUCACCUUACAAGCCUGCAUUCUGUAAUUUGCUCACUCUGUUGUUAUGAAUUAUAGGAAGGAAGACAGAUAGUGUAUUUACAGGGACACUAUAAGCACCAAAACUUUACAUUAAUGGAAUGAUGUUUGUGUAUGGAUCAUGUUCCUGCUGUCUCAUGAAUUAAAUCAUGUUGUUUAUACAGCCCUAGUCACUCCUUCCCUGCAUGUGACCUACACAGUCUUGACACACAUUUCCUGUAAAGAGAGUUCUUAAGUUUAAACUUUAUUGCACAUUCUAUUUAAUUUAGAAUGUUUUAUCUCCUGCUCUGUUAACAGCUUGCUAGACCCUACAGGAGCCUCCUUUGUGUGAUUAAAGUUCAAUAUACAGAACAGGAGAAACAAAGCUCUAAAGUAAACACACUGUACAGAUUAAAAAGGAAACUUUUUUUUUUUCGUGAAGGCUGUGUCAAACAAAAAUGAUUUAACUCCUAAAUGACAGGGAGACUGCAGGGGCAUUAUCUAUUCACCAAAACUACUUAAUUAAGCUAAAGUUGUUUUGGUGCUUAGAGUAUCCAUUUAAUCUAUUAUAGGUAAUAUUAAUUUGUAACACGAUUAAUCUUAAAAUGUAUUAUCAAAUAUGUCAUAAUGUUUAUGAUUAAAAUUUGGGAUGUAACCUCUCUGAUUAUCAAGUGCUGAACAACAUACGGAAAUUAACAUAAAACAUAUGGUAUAUUCAUUCAUGUAAUUUGCUACCUAGAUAUAUAAAAUAGGAAGGACACUAAGCCCAUGUAUAUCAGAUCCACCCAGCCGGAGAGAUAGUAUAUUGCUUUGAAUCUUCUAUUUGGGCCAAACAGCUCUGUAAAAAUGGUGGCACCAACACGGCCAAUGUGCGAAAAUUGAGCGGGACAUGUAAUUGUUAAUAAGACAAAGCUAAGAACUGGUUUUGGACUCUGAUAUAGCGACAAAUCUGUAGGCUUAAUAUUAUGUGAAGGGAAUAAAUCCCAAUGGUCGUAUUUAACCUUUAGUGUUAUGUAUAAAAAAACAAACCCAAAACAUACAUAAAAUGGUUAUUUCUCCAUACUUUUGAGAAUAUUAAAUAAUACAAACACUGUUAACACAUCACUAUGCUCGUAUCCUUGCGAGGUACAUUUGAGUGCAUGUAUUGACAACUGCAUGGACACUGUGUGCAUCCAAGAACCUUACCCUACGCACAUGCAGACACCAUCUGAAUUGUGUACCCAUCCUGUGUUGUAAGAGGAAGGAACAUUAGACAACCUGAGAGAUUUGCUAUUUAUAAGCUAUAUAAAGACCAGUUUGGGAGUUAACAGGCUCAUUUAUUUUCAUCUCUUUUCACAACAGAAUAUAAGUGACCCCAGGAUACCCACCCUGUACUUUCACCACGAAGGCUUCUUUUGGCGGUGCUGGUUUAAUGGGGAUGACGUUCAGGAGACCAUUUGGAACUUUUGGUUCAGUAAGUGUAACUGUUUAAUGUAGUAAAUGUAUAAAAGGUAUGGGACAGCUGUCUUUUAUUCUUUUGAAACUUUUAAUGUUAAUCCGAGAAUGACUGUUUCAGAAAGUAGACACAUAUAAACCAUUGUUGUCUGAUUCCUAUGCCAACAAGAAGUGUUAUAAUAUCCCAGAUGUCCCCGAACUACAUUUCCCAUGAUGCCGAGACAGUCUAAAGGUUAUAUGAGCAUCAUGGGAAAUAUAGUUCAGCUUUCGCAUUUAUAGUGUAAAAAAUGUUUCCUUAAAGGAGCACUCCAGGCUGUAAUUGACGUGUACAUUUUAUAAUAAAUGCAUUUUAAAAUAAGUUAAAACAACAAAUUUAAAAAACAAGGAGUGAAAAAGAAACUAAUUUUAAUGUUCUUUAUUUCUGUGGAUGUCCUACACAUCAGUCUUGAACUUUGCCCAAUCCAAGAAGUAACUUGGCCAAUGAGUAGUCUAGACUCAUUGCAAUCUCUGGAGUUUGAACUGACACAUCAGUAUAAGGAUUAAAAUGUAAUGGCAAAAGCUGAUUAGCAGACGUCAAAGCACUGUAUGCCCAUACUACAACUACCAGAAUCCUCUUUCCUGCUUUCGGAUAACAUAUACAGCUGUGCUAUUGGUCAUGGCAGGUUAGGAGGAAUGGACAGAAAUUGAUAACAAAUAUGUUUUUUUGCAAGGUCUGAAAGAUAUAAUUAAAUGCAGAAAUCCACACUACUGUGUCCACCCUUAGUGCCUCCAUCUUGGCUUGCUGUCAGCCAUUAUUUUAAACUCUGCCCUUUUCAUCCGUCAGUCAGCACAGAGACAGGAGGAAAAACAAUGUUUCUGAGUCAAACAGUUUGACAAAAAGCAGAGCUCCCCCAGGCACCCAUGGCCUGGUGGCUUGCUUGCUGUAUUGCUAAUGUAGAAGCUACCCUUUCAACAUUAACAGUUUUGAAAAUACUUUGAUAGCAAUGAUAGGCUAAACCAGGGGUAGGCAGCCUUUAUGCACUCCAGAUUUUGUGGACUACAUCUUCCAUACUGCUCCUACAGCAUUCUAAAACAUCUGGAGUGCCGAAGGUUGCCUAUCUCUGGGCUAGACCCAUCAGCUGAUGUAUUCAACCUUAAACUGCUGUCCAUACAUGGACCAAAGUAACAUCGCUAAAGCAGAUGGGAAACGUAACAGGUGACCGAGAUACCUUGUUUGUUGUCAAAGCACUUAAUACAGUUUGACACAGAACGACGGGCCAGCACUCACAGCCUGCUAACUCCCUAACACAUACAAAUGUCCGCUGUAUGGUUUAUGGUGUACUUCUUUUUAUUGUCCAAUGUUUUAUUAUUUAAUAUGGGUGUUUUUUGUAUGGGCUGAAUUUACUCCUAGUCACGUGAAAAAAAAUCCAACUUUCUUAGUCCACAAUCAUUUCAUUUAUUAUGGGUGUACUCAUGAAUCACGUAUGAUUAGGUUAGUACUUGGCCAAUCAGAUUGCAGUGUAGGACUGGGCAGAUCAAGGCAUGUGCUUUUAAUGACAGCUUAGGCUACUGUUUCUCUGUGUUGAAGCUUAGAGAAUUUCUCCAGUCUUUGAGUGAUACUAAAAGACAGAAGCACAUUUGCAGUGACUCAUUUACUUAGAAUGUUGUGGGGUAAAAGAUCCAGCCUCCUCUCUGUAGGAGACCAACUGUUCAUUAACCACAUAUACCAGUCUCUAACAGCAGAUAGCUGAUUCUACACUCAUUCAUUAAACAUUGAGUUGAGGUACAUUGACUGCUGAGUAAAAUAGCGACAAAAAUUCAUAUUCAGUAUUUUCAGUUUGAUGAUUCGUGCCUAAAUGUGUAGGUCAGUCAGCCUAAGUCAGCUGUUAACUCUCUGAUUAACAAAUAAAUCUUAAAUGUGAUAUUCCCAUAACUAUAUCAUCCUGAUUUAGUUAAAAUAUAUAUUUUUUAAAUAUUAAUGUUGUCCAUUAAUAUAUAAUGCACCAUAACACGGUCACCAAUUUCCUUAAAGAAACAGUGUAGUGGGAAUUUAUCACUUUUUUUUAAAAAUACAUUACAACAGUAUCACAUUAAAAUACAAGAUAAAUGCUUUAACCCCUUAAGGACCAAACCUCUGGAAUAAAAAGGAAUCAUGACAUGUCACACAUGUCAUGUGUCCUUAAGGGGUUAAAAUACAUAUACUCACUUUGGACUGUUACUCUAAUUAGCCAAUCCAUUCUUUCAAACUCUCCUCCAGUGAUGACACGUCAGUCAGGAAAUUGUUUAGAUUUAUCAGCCAAUUUGAUAAUCGUAGAGAAAUCGAGUGCAGUGAAGUCACUUGCGAUAUCCCAUUCGUUGGAAAAAUAAUAACAAUACAAAGUGGUCAGAUGAAAGGAAGUCUCUCCGGAGCCCAAUUUACGUUCAGUGGGAUUUGAUUUCUUUUGUAGUAGCUCCGUGUUGCUGGUGUGUCUAAGUGUAUAACAGAGAUAAAUUACAAUAAAUGUGUUUAGAAAUCAGUCUGUGUAAAUAUGAUACUUUGUUCUUGCUCUAAAUUCAAUUUUAGUUGUAUACAUUGUUAUAAGUAUGUCACCUAAGAUUUCACACCCCGACAUUUAAAGUGUCCCUCUUUGUCCAGUUGAGAUUUUGGGAGGUGUGCUGCUACUGGAACUACAAAAGUCUACUUUAACUGCACAAACUUUUUAAUCCAGAUCUCGACCCUGGUACAGUUAAGGCUGUAAUGAUAGGUAUAAAUCCAGUAUAAGGCAACAAUCUAUAAUUUACUCAGUGACACACAGUCUGUCUGAGACCAUGGGAUCUGGGAAAAUAUCAGUUCUCUAACAUUUGAUGCAAGACGGCCACUUGAAAUUGACCAGUAUUUGUUCUAUUCAGUUCCAGAUAAGUUCAAGAAUGUUUGAGAAAGUUAACGUGAAAAUGUCAACUUAAGCCACCUUGAACUGACCUUUAAAUCCAUCUUGAUGCUGUUUGACUGUCAGAUAUUGCUUCUCCAAUUUCAGCCAAGGAGUAGCCAAUUAGCACCAAUAAAAAAGAUUUACUACACAUAAACAAUAUAAAUAAACUGCAUAACCACCUUUCAGUUAGAACAUAACUGACUAGGAGAUACUUUCCAAGUUGCAUGUUUUACUGACUUAAAAAAAACAAAAACAUAGAUCUCUCUGUCACUUAUAUUCAUUUGCAAUGAUAAAACAUAAUAUAAGAAAGACUGCAAGCUUUGGGUGUUAGACACAGUUUUAACUGUUAGAUCUGGCAAAUGAGACUCACAGCAGGAUUUUAGAAAGGAUUUUGCUACUGAAUUUGGUGUAUUAUUUAUUAGUAGCCCAAAAAACAAUUGGUGGAUCUUGCUCAAACGUCACAUGCUCAAUCUGUUAAAUUAGAGCAAUUUAGGCGGUUUUUGUCUUUAUAAUCGCUGGUUAAUCUGCUUCCAUCUCUUUAGAGUAUAUACUUCCCAAAAAGCAUAUGGUUAGCUUGGAAUAAAUUGAGGCCUUUGUCUGACCACAGAAUAUAUUUUAGUGUCUGGCUUGUUGGUCUGAGUCACUAACGUUCACCAAAUAUUUUGUUUUCAAGCAAGCCAAACACAUCCCAAGCACUGUAUCCAUGGCUAUCUGUUCCCAAUGCCGAUCGCUCCAGGACCGGUCCCGCACCCGUCCUAUGACCCAACAGCAGGUAUGUGAACAUUCCUCUUUCUUGCUAGCUGUCUGCUAGACUUUUUACCUGUCUGUCUAUCAUUCUGUCUGUCUGUCUGUCUAUCUAUCUCUAUGUGAUUACAAUUUUAACACAUUUACAAAGUUUAACCCCUUAACCCCUUAAGGACACAUGACAUAUGUGACAUGUCAUGAUUCCCUUUUAUUCCAGAAAUUUGGUCCUUAAGGGGUUAAAGGAAGGGAUUUAAGCAGACUUUAAGAUAUAUUUUAUAUUUUAUAUUUAGAGAUGCCUACCGUAUGCUCUAACGAUAAUGAAAUCAACGUUAUUCAGCCCUUAUAUAAUUUCAAACAUCUCUACAAUGUGGAUAAUUCAAACUCCUUACAGUGUUCACAGGGAGAAAAUAUACCAUCUGCCACUCUAUAUAAAUCUUUUAAAGGUGACACAUUCCUAAAUCUACAAGGAGGGCAUUAAAAAAACUGAUGAGGCAGAUUCUCUGUCUCUUGUCCGAAUAUUACCUAUGUUGAUAAAAAUACAUAACGAUAAAAGAUCUUUAGCAUUUGGCAUACUGUGAAAUAUCAUUCUGAAAAAUUAUUCUGUGCUGUUUUACUUUUUUUUAAAAAAAUGUUAUCGCAUGCACGGCCAUUCUACAUUAGAACCUUAUCGUGUUCUACAUUAGUCAGAAGUUGCACUUAUCUACAGAACAUUUUUUAACAGAGAUUAUAGAGACUCAAACCUGGGAGAGUUUUAUCUCAAUAAUAUAAUUUUACCGAUGAGAUUAAUGUCCUGGUUUUCAAGAAGCUUUUAAACUCUAUCCAAAUAGAAAGCUAGUUUGCGUAUGAUACCUUGUAGGUGAUUUAAAAGGAUAAUAUGUGUUGUAGAAUUGCUUGAUUUACCGUAGGCAGUUUCUGCAUCAAGAAUAUUUAAGAGAAAAUGGAUCUCGCCAUAAACAUGGACUAAGACUAAUAAGCAGCAUGUUUUAUUGUAUUCAAUGUAAUUUAUGGAAGGAGUGUGAGAUCAUAGCUUAUAUGCAAUCUUUCCAAUUCAUCAGCCCCAUGGACUUUUAAUGUAAACAAACCUUGUCUAUAACCUUGGACUUGACAUAUGAAACGUUGUUCGAUAUUCAGUAUUCUAAUCUUAUUCGACCUUUGUUGGUAAGCACUUCAUUCCUAUAAAAUCCUUUGCUUCUUUCCAAUAUCCAUUACUGAAAAGUCUUCCAUGUGCUCCCAUGUUGUCCUUGACAAUUCUCCGACCUUUACUUUUUGUUAAGCACGAAGGUCCUGCCAAGGUCAUGAAAAUGCUAUAAAUCUUUCUCGGAAUGUUAUGGAAUAUCUAAUGAGAAUACAAAGGAGAUCUUUCUGUUAUAAAUUUUUUUUCCAUUUAAGCGACCCAAUCAAACAGUCAAAAAUGUAGAAAAAAAAUGAAAAAAACACAAUAAUGGCAACAAACAAAAUGGUUUUAGAUAACGACGUAGAAUUGAGCGUAGGAUGAAAAGUCCACCAUGGUUGAACUUGCUAUGAUUCACCAAAUGAGCCUUGCAAGGUGAAGUUCGUUAGUGCCAAGUUCAUUUAUUUUUAGAUGGUGGUUUGCGAAAUUUGUAAACUCAUCUUUGGUUGUAGGGGUUCUCCUUGCCACUCAGUCCAGUAGAAUAGUCUUAUUAAUAAAAAUAUUGACAAGGCAUCCAUUUGUUUAUUACGAGGCUAGAUGUUAUCAAUAGAUUUAUAAAUGGAUUCAAACUGCUUCAAGUCUACCUGUGAGUUGAUCCAAAUUCUAGCAACUAAUUUAAAAAGCUCAUGACACAUUUGGUAAGCGUCAUGACCCUAUGGAAUGUAAAUUAAUUUGCGUGAAGAGCCUUUUAAAAAUAUUAGUUUCAUGUGUGACAGCUCAUCUUUAUAUGUUUCUAAGUAAUAAAUUCUGGUCUGUAGAUCUUUUAAAUAUAUUGCAAUGAUGUCUGCUUGGAUUCUUUCAUGGGGUUAUUUUAAAAUAAAUGUAUUCAUAUUAGGUCAAAAUAGCAGAAUCGGACAAAUUCUUCAAGUCAUCUAAUUCUUCAACUUUUUUUAUCAUGUCCUAAAAUUUACAAUACUCUCAUCGUUUUCUGACAAUAUUCCAUUUCAUUAAUAAUCCUGUACAUGUUUUAUUUUAUGAGACCCAGCAUCCUUACAUGUUCCCUAUAGCUAACAUUAGUAAUGCAUUGCCAACCUGCUUUCUAAAAUCAUUAAAAACAUUAUUUUUUCCGUACCCGCAGAUAAUUACUGGAUGAAAUUGCAUUGGCAUUUUAUUCCCAAACUUGUGCAUGUGCUGCAUAUAUUAAGACGAUUAACCCAGACUCACCGUUAUAUUUUAGCUAGCAGUUCUUCUGCGCUUCAACCAAUAGGAAAUGUUGAAUUAAUGCACUAAUAAGAUUUUUAGCAGAAGCAUCACACAGUUCAAUCAAUAGCUCUAUCAAUGUAAAAAAUGCAUGCUCAGAAAUGUGCCAAAAUAAAAUGAGAUUUCCCCGCUAAUUGCAAUUUAUAAGCACUUUAUAAUUUUGCACUUUUAUAAGCACUUUGCAAUUGCACUGCUGAAUACACAAAUUUUAAACAGUUAAAAUGAAUAUUGUGUUACAUCCAAACAACAGAAAGUUAAAGAUUGUAAUGUGUGUCUACACAUACUGAAAUUAGCUCUGAAGUUAAUCUUUUUUUUUUUUGCAUUAUUGAAAACUAUUACAAAUAUAAAAAAAAAGGCAGCAAUUGCAGUUGAUGUCAGCCGACACUCGAGUUGCAUUGACCGAUGGCCGACAAAAAAGAUAAAGUCUUAAAAAAAUGAUAUCCUGCUUUAGCUUGAUGUUUUAUUGUUGACAAGAACAUUUCUAAAUAUCGAACCAGUUUACAAUAUGGGUAGCAUUUAAAUGAGACAGAAUUUUGGGGAAAAGCAUAGAUGCACAAAGACAAACAUGACAGAACACAAACAAACAAAGCUGACCAAAAAAAAAAAUACUUUAGAACUUUAUUAAGUAAUAAAAAAAAACAAAAAAACAAAACCAAGAAGGAUAAAAGUAACAAUAAAAAUAAAGCAAAAACCGAAACUUACAUCAUGGUAGACCUCUUUGUUUGUUUCACUAUUUUAAUAGACCAGUGGUUGUUGGUUGUUAUUCGUUUUUUUGUGUCUGCUGCCCAUUGUAGCUAAAACGAACACCGCUCUUUAAUAAGUAAACAUACAAAUAUAAUGAUGAAUUCUUAAUGGUAGUACAAAGCCUUAUCCUUGUGAACAUAUACAUGCCUGGAGGCAUAGGCAAAUUUACUGUAAAAAACAUAAAUUUUGUCCUAAUUGCAGAGCUAAAAAUUGUGGAAGCUUGAUAAGAGAAUUGCAAGUUUUGGUCAUAAUGGCCAAGCUGUUUAAAUAGAUGUUAUUCUACAGCCGGCUGAUGGUAUUUACAGUACCACUGGAACAGUGUAUGAAGGAGGACAUGUAUUCUAGAUUCCUGCUACCCGAGAGACAGCCAUAGACCCCCUAUUCCAUAUCCACCCUACUCCUAUAAAGUAUUUUUAAACUGUUAGAGCACAUCUUUAACCAACAGUUACUGAACAUUAAACAAAGCUAAAUGUUAACCGGUCUUUGGAGGGAUUACCAUGCUUAAACAACACAACUGUCUGUGUUUUCCUUGGCAGUGUAUCGAGGAUUCUGGACGGCGUUUAUAACUCUAGCUGUUGCUGCCAGUCUGGUGGGGAUCCUGCUUUUGGUGUGUGCCGUUCCCUUUGUGACUGCUCGCCUCUAUAAAGUAGGGGGUGGCUUCCUCCUCACUGCUGGUAAGAUGCCAAACGUCUGUAAUUAGAUACGCUGGUGGCUUUAAUCCCAACGUGUGUUGUUGUAUCUGAACCCAAAGGAGAACGCAAGAG